GUGUGCUGUUGUUUUCAAUAGGGCUCUAGGAAUCGAGCUCACACACCACCAUAGAUACAUGCGGAGACAGAUAGAUGAGGGGGGAGGACAACGGAGGGGGUCCUCAGAAAGAGAAAAGCACUACAAUUAGGGGAAUGUGAGGGACCUUUUUUGGAAGACAGAGCACUAGCUCUGGAAGUGGGAGUUGAUUUGGAGAAAGUAGGAGUGUUAAGGGUGAUGUAAGUUCAUUUCAUUUGGGCAUACAUGCAGGAAACUGGUUAAACAGGCCUUGAUCACACCACAGGGUUUUGUAUUGUGAAUCGUGGCUGCUUGACUGCUUGUAGACAUGAGCACAGCUGGAGUGCAACGAGGCUUCCUGAAGAAGUACGGAGGCUUCAUGUUUAAGCAGUGGAAAGAGAAAUAUGUGGUGCUGACUGUGGAGGGCAGGCUGAUGGUGUGCAAAGAUGCCGAUUCUCCUCCAGAGCAGGUGGUGGUGCUACAGAGUAACUGCCAGUCCAUUGUGGAAGGCAGGGAGAUCUUGGACCUUCCCCGUUUGCCCCCAGGAGGGCGCAGAGACUGCUGUUUUGCCCUCAUCCUGCCCCAGGACAAAUUCUUAUUGCUGCUCUCAGAUAACCCUGAUGACUGCAGUCAAUGGCUGAAGUUAAUGAAGAAGGUUAAAGAGGGUGUGUCAUCUUCAUUGCUGCUGAAGCGACAGCAAAGCAUCACCCCCUGUAUCACAGACAGAGGGUCUCUGCCUGACACCCCUACUGAGAAAGAGCCCCAGUCCCCCAGCUUCAGUGACAAACCCAUCAAUUCCCCAAGUACCCAAUCCAGAGCGAGCUCCUUCAGAAGCAGAGGCAGCAUACGUGAACGCCAAGACCACAGCCCCAAAUCCCUGCCCCAUCACUCCAACGACUGCCUGCGCCAUGGUAACAGCAGAGAUGCGCGUGCUGUAAGGGCGGUCUGUUUACUGAUGGGCGGGGCUGCUGCCUCAUCAGCAUUGGGUUACCUAAGCUCCUGCUCAGGCUCCUCAAAUGUUGCUGCUCAAGCACCAGAGAUCACCCACUCGAUGGGUUUCUCAGAGCUUGGAGGAGGAACGUCCUACCACCACACCUGUGCAGAGGCUGUCGACUCGCCUCAUUUCAACAGCUUCGACUUUGAGGGUGAUUCAGACUUCGAUGCUUUCGACUGUGGAGGGUUCACUUUCUGAAGGCCUAUUAGAACUGAUACUAAUCCCUGAGUAAUUCCAGCCAAUAGAGGGGUUCUAGGUGCUGUGCUCUGUCAUACUGACUAAGCAGCAGUUUGAAAAGGUGCAGUGACCGGCAUCACAUGCCAUGGAAGAACGUGAUAACCCUCACCCUACAAAAUUGGUCGGCGUUGUCCUGUGUCCUGAUUAGAAUGUAAAUAAAUUGGGGAAAAUUGGGAGGGAAAAAAGAUUGCUUUUAGCUAAAUACAAUAUUUGUUUGUAGGUUUGUUUUUGCACAAAGGUCCUUGCUCGUAUCCUCAGUUAACUGUUCCUUGACUCAUGGCCCACAUGCUAUCGAGCAAAAGAAAUAAAAACCCUGUUAAAUGUGACUGAAAAUAUAAUUACUGUUCUAUGUAAAGUUUUAGUGUGAUGAUUUCACAAUUUACUGUGAAAUGACUGUGCAAUUUAUGCCUGGCUUGAUAAUUUAAUAAUGUAAUUAAAAUGUUUUAAAAUCCUAAAAUUCUAUGGAGUCUUCCUGUUCAUUUGUUUUCAACUGCACUUUUCUGCUAUAAGACAUACUCUUAUGCAUGAAUUCUGGAUUUUUGCGCUCUAUUUUUGUACUCAUUAUCUUAUCCUAAUGUAACCGCGUGACGUUAUGACCUGUUUUCCGAAAUCCCUGUG